CGCAAAUGGAAAAAGGACAUGAAUUUUUAAAAUCAUAAUUUCCAGUGAAUAAUCCUUUUUAUAGCUAGGUUAUCUGGGCCAAUCGGAAAUAUCGCGUGAGAAUAUUUAUUUAUGGUAUAUUUACAUUGAGUAAAAUGGCAGAGAAAACCAGUAUCGAAGAAUUAUUGAGCAAUCUGAAAAUAGCCAUUCAAAAGAAAUCGGACGUGACCGAGAUUCUUCUCAAAUUAUCCAAACAAUGUGAAUCAAACGAUAUUCACGUUUCUGCUGACUUAUUGGCUCAAUUGGUUGCCCUCCUCGAGAAACCCGAAGUAACCGAAAAGACUGCCGAGUUAAUUGCUUCAUUAGCCAAAACAGAAAGUAACCGUGAAGCGUUAACUGAUCAGAAAUUGAUCUCUAAAUUAUGCCAACUUCUUCAAGAAACCAUCUCUAAGAAAAAUAACGCAAGUUUAUCGCUUAUUAAACAAAUAUGCCGAGCUCUGGGCAAUUUGUGUUAUGAAAAUGACGAUUGUAGAAAAUUUGUGCUCGAAAAUAGCGGCUUGAAGGUAAUCUCCGAUGUUGUUCGUCAUGCUGUAUCAUUGGGUGAUACCGACGUUGGGGCAGAUUUAAGAGCUUGCUCUGUUGGAUUUUUAUUAAACUUUGUUGCCGGAAAUGAAGAUGUUUAUCCAAUGGUUUUAGAAUCGGAUCUAAAAAGUUUGCUAUGCGAUGUAUUGGACUGCGGAGUAACGAAAAAGGAGAAUGAAUCUGCAGCAGUACAUUGUUUAAUCAUUUUUGGAGUAUUCGCCGAUUCUGAUCCUGAACCAAUUUUGAAUCAACGUAUGUGUAAUACGUUAGUAAAAGUAUUGAGGGAAUCCACCUCUGGAGAAUUAGUAGAGCUUUCUGUCGAAUUAAUGAAUUCUCAAGCCGAACAUGACGCAGUAUCGUUGAAUCUCGCUAAAGCUGGACUUUGCGAACUUCUUAUCCAGCUUUUGGAAAAGCAUAAAAAUUUGGCCGACGAUGUCGAUACGAGAAAUCUAUUCAAAAUGGCUUGUGAUCUAAUUAUAAUCAUACUUAACGAUGAUGAAAGUAUGGAAUUAUUAUAUGAUAAUGGAAAAGGUAACGUGUUCGUUGAAAUGGUAUCAUGGCUUUCUAGCAGUGUCAAAGAACUUCAAGUAACUGGAAUUUUGGCGAUUGGAAAUUUUGCUCGAGCCGACGAUCACUGCAUAGAAAUGGUGAAACAAGGCAUUAGUAAAAAAUUACUCGAUAUGUUAUCGAAAAAUAAUACCGAUAAAGGUGAUAUGAAAUUACAACAUGCUCUCUUAAGUGCUCUCAGAAAUUUGGUGAUACCAGAUCAAAAUAAGACAACGGUAACCAAAGACGGUUUAUUAGAUGUACUUUAUCCAAUGCUUUCGGUCAAUACUUUCCCAGUCGUGUUUAAAUUACUGGGAACUUUGCGGAUAGUUGUCGAUAAGCAAGAAAGCAUAGCUCACGAACUCGGUUGCAAAAAAGAUCUUAUUCAAAAAGUAGUCGAAUGGAGCUUAACCAAAGAUCAUCCUGGGGUACAAGGUGAAUCAAUUCGUUUCUUGGCAUGGAUAGUAAAAAAUUGCAGAAAACCCGACGUAUUGGAUGUAUUUAUUCAAUGUAACGCUGUACCUCAAAUGGUCGAAAUGAUAGUCAGCGAUCACGAGGUAAUGCAAAACGAAGGAUUGCUCGCAGUCACAAUUCUAAGCACCGUAAAACUCGAUCUAGUUGAGAAAGUCCUUUUGGAUUCAAAAAUAGGCGAAAAAAUCGUCCGUCUACUUAAAGAACGUAAACCAAAGAAAGAAGUCUUCAUUAACGUAUUAACAUUAAUUCGUCAAUUAUCCUCUUCCAACAAUUUGAAACAACAUUUACGUAAAGAAGGUGUCAGUUCAGCGAUAUCAGAUUUUGCCAAAACCAACGAAACCGUAUCCGAGUGCAAGACAGAAAUCGCACAAGUCACCAAAUUACUAGAAUCCGGUUAAAGCGAGAUCGACGAUUAAUAAUUAUUUUUCAAUUAUCGUGCACAAUUUUUUGAUUUAUAAAAAAAUUUUCAGCAACGUGCUACAUGUCGCUAAUUUCAUAUUUUUAGCUUGAAGUGCUUGUUCAAAAAGAUUGUGUGAGUUUGAAUUUUUUGUCGUUUUUUCUUUACAGUUUUAAAGCCGCGUUUAGGAGACGUGAUUAGGGAAGUUUUUUUGUUUUUUUGAGUGGAUGCAUUCGGCGAAGAAAAAAAGAAACGCGAAAACACGAUUUUUUUAAAGUACAAAUUUGGCUCAUCGCUUUUUGUUUUAUACUACAUAGGGUUAAGUUAUAUUGUUUGACAACAUGAUAGGAGAAAUUAGUUUCUGAUUACGAUUUUUUUCGUUCAUCUAGUCAUUAUUUGUUACCUUUUUUUUCUUUAUAAUUAACGUUUUCAAUUUUUAAUGCUUAAUAAAACUGUUUUCGUGCAAUGUUCAUUCA